AACAAAUCUAAAUAACUCUAUUUUGUAGAGUUAUCACGAAACAACAAUUAAAGUUAUUUAAAUCAAACUUGCCUGGAGUGAUGGAGCAAAGUCUGGUGAGCUAGCUAAUAUCAAACCACUCCCCUUUCUUUUCUUUUCUCUCUCUAAGAAAGAAGGUAAAAAAGAAGAAUGCAAAUUUAAUUUUACUUCUGAUGUCUGCAAACGGUCUUUUUUCUGUCGCUACAAAACAAUAUAUGCAAAACAUUGAAUGCAUUAAUUAUUCUUCAAACAGUCAGAUCAGCUCCAAUGAGUAUUUUUUGGCUUUGUUAUUAGCAUUUAAAAUAUGAGUAAUACAAAUUAUUCUCUCUCUCUCUCUCUCUCUCUCUCUCUCUCUCUUUUAUCACAUUAACAAGGGUUUAAUUAUAUAAAUUUGAAUAAAGAAAGCUCUCCCACAUAACCUUAAUCUAUUCAAUGAAAUGAUUUUGACUGUUGGCAGAUUCAAGAGGAAUGUUUUAUUCCAACAAACGGACAAUUUAAAAGGGAAGACUAGCACUAAACUUCUUUAAAGCAACCUGCAAUUGUGAAACAAAUUUCUUUCAAAGGCAUCACUUUUAUUCAGUGACUAGGUCGAUUCCACUAUCAUGGCUUACCCUUCUUCAAGGGUUACCUUGACGUGGGCUAAUCGGAAAGGGAAGAUCACGUAUGCACCAUACAUGAAACCGUUUUUUCACAAGAUGAAAAAAUAGCCACCCCUGCUCCUUCCUCGUCAACAGUUCAAACGCUGUCUCGGUGUGGUCUGUGCCAAAACCUGACCAUAUUUCGAAAGCGCCUCUCUCUCUCUCUCUCUCUGUUGGCUUAUGUGAGCAUUGGCCAAAUUAAUACCCAAUGUUUCUGCUUCCCUUUAAUCUCCAUCAUUAGAUCUCUUUCAAGUAUCGCCAACCUUUUCUCUUCCAACAAAAACGACCUAAAAAUGCUAAUUAUUUCUUCGAAUCUUUCAUUCCCCUGUCACCAACGUUUUCCAAAUUCAUAUCCUUUUUGAUCCAGGUGCCUUUAUUUCACUCUUGUUUUACUUUCUGUUGCUCUUAACUUAAAAUGGCUUAUUUCCUCUCGUUUCUUUUGACUCUCUUGUUCUUAAUCUCAGCUUUUUCCCAACCCACCGAGCUCUUCUUUCCGGGAUUCAAAGACUCAAAUCCCAACAACUUUUCAUUAACAGGACUUGCACAGAUUGAAAAAAACGGCAUUUUACGCUUAACCAAUGACACCAGUCGUUUACUGGGUCAUGCUUUUUAUAGCUGUCCAUUUAGAUUCAAGAACUCAACCAAUGGCCAAGCUUUUUCCUUUUCUACCUCCUUUGCUAUGGCUAUAGUUCCUGAGUAUCCAAAGCUAGGUGGUCACGGCCUUGCUUUCACAAUCACCACUUCUAAAGAUCUCAAAGCACUUCCAAGUCAGUAUCUAGGAAUCCUCAACGCAACUGAUAUCGGUAACUUCUCAAACCAUUUGGUUGCAGUUGAGUUCGAUACGGUUCAGGAUUUUGAGUUCCAGGACAUCAAUGACAACCAUAUUGGCAUCGACAUCAACAGCUUGGACUCAAAUGCUUCGGUUCCUGCCGGUUACUACACGGAUGGUUCCACAAAGCAAAAUCUUACUCUCAAAAGUGGAAAAGCAAUCCAAGCCUGGAUCGUUUAUGAUUCAGUUGAAAACUUCAUCAAUGUAACGAUCGCACCAAAUUCUACAAGACCAAGAUUGCCGAUCUUGUCUUUUCAUGUAGAUCUUUCACCGUACCUUCAGGAGUUUAUGUACGUUGGUUUCUCAGCGUCAACAGGGUUACUUGCUAGCUCGCAUUAUAUUUUAGGAUGGAGCUUUAAAAUCAAUGGACAAGCUCAGGCUCUUGAUCUAUCUUCUUUACCUUCACUUCCGGAACCACCAAAAAAGCUUACAGUUUUAACAGUCGGUGUCUCAGUUUCAUCUGUCAUUCUUGUCAUAAUUGUUUUAUCCAUUGCCAUUUAUUUCAUUAUCAAAAUCAAGAACGCAGAUGUGAUUGAAGAUUGGAUGCUGGAGAUUGGACCACAAAGAUACUCUUAUCAAGAACUCAAGCAAGCAACCAAUAAUUUCAGUGACAAAACUUUACUUGGACAAGGUGGUUUUGGUAGAGUUUACAAAGGGACAUUUCGAUACUCAAAGACUGAAGUUGCUGUCAAGCGAGUUUCUCAUGAAUCAAAGCAGGGUUUGCGUGAAUUUGUAUCAGAAAUUGCUAGUAUUGGAAGGCUUCGCCAUCGAAACUUGGUUCAGUUAUUGGGAUGGUGCAGGAGAAGAGGUGAUUUUCUUCUUGUUUAUGAUUUCAUGGCUAAUGGCAGCUUAGAUAAAUUUUUGUUUGAUGAGCCUAAAGCGGUCCUUAAUUGGGAGCAGAGAUUCAGGAUUAUAAAGGGUGUUGCUUCAGGGCUUCUCUAUUUACAUGAAGGCUAUGAACAAAUUGUGAUUCAUAGAGAUGUUAAGGCUAGUAAUGUGUUAUUAGAUGAUGAGUUGAAUGGAAGAUUAGGGGAUUUUGGCCUGGCAAGAUUGUAUGAACACGGCUCAAAUCCGGCGACAACUCGGAUGGUUGGCACAUUAGGGUAUUUAGCACCAGAGUUGCCCAAGACAGGAAAGGCCACAACAAGCUCCGAUGUCUAUGCUUUUGGUGCACUCUUGCUUGAGGUUGCCUGUGGGCGCAGGCCUCUUGAGCACAAGGCAUUGCCUGAGGAAAUAUUGUUAGUUGAUUGGGUAUGGGAGAAGUUUAUAAAAGGGAGGCUCCUUGAUGUGGUGGACACUAGGCUCAAUGGCAAAUAUAAUGAAGGUGAAAUGUUGAUGGUGCUUAAAUUAGGCCUAAUUUGUUCAAAUGAUGUGCCUUUGUCACGGCCUAGCAUGAGGCAAUUAGUGAGGUAUCUUGAUGGAGAGGCCGAGUUACCAGAAAAUUUAAGGCCACGUGGGACAUUUGACGGAGGGAAGGGUUUGGCAGAAGGGUUUGACGCUUUUAUGCAUUCGUACCCGUCCUCAUCAUUUGAUAAAAUGAGUUCAUAUUCAUUCAUGGAAAAUGGUAAUGGUGGUACUAGCUUUGCCUCUCUUUCUACCACUCCACUUUCCCUUCUUAGAGAAACUAGAUAGUUUAAUGUGUUUGAAAGAGCAAUUUUCUUUUUAAAUUUCUUCUCUGUUGAGCUUGUAUUAUAGUAUUCAAAACUGUGGAAAAUUUUAUCCUAAGGGGAAAAGUCAAUGAUAUUUCACAUGUUGUAGCAUCCUUACUUCUUCAAUGACAAAUUUCCUGUUCUUACAAUGUUUGGACAAUUCUGUGAUGGCAAUUGGCAUGAAUGAGUUUUCCCUCAUUUUCGGUUGUCAUUACCUCUGUAUGUGAUAUUGUGAUGCUAAUCGGCAACUGAGCUGCAAAUUUUCGAAAUUUAAAGGUAAUUAAAACUUGAGAAGAUUGAGAUCGAAAUGAGUAUGAACUGAAAUUGGAGCAGAGUUGAGUUAUAUUUGGCCAAAAUUAAUGGAACAGUUGAUAUGUUAGGCGUGGAAAAAACUCGUUUUGAAUGAGUAAUGCCUUUAAAGAGACCAUCUUUUGUACCAAAAAGCAGAGUAAUUGAUUCGCAUUUCUUUCAAAUGGGUUGUUGGGAUUUCUGAUGUAAAAGACCUU